AGAGAGAGAGAGAGGGGAGAAGGGCGGAAGUGACGUUGAGCACUAGCAGGCGGCUAAACAGAGUGGAGGGAACAUGGUGGCUUAUGGUGUGUCUGUAUUCUGAUGAAUGGUGAAGUGACAGCAGUGAGAAGAGCGGGACUGACAGCACAAUGCAGGAAGCCUCGGAAGAUGGGGAGCAGAAGGUGACGGCCGGUAUGGAGUCCCUGGCUGUGAAGGAGGAGGAAGAGGAAGGAGAAACGGAGGAACAGAACCAGGACCAGAAGGAGGAGGGGGAAGAAGAAGAGGCGGAGGAGGAGGAGAGGGAGAAGGAAGAGGGCGAGGCGGAGGAAGAAGAACAGGACCGGCAGGAUGAGGAGGACGAAGAAGAGGAGGAGGAGGAUGAUGAAGACUGGUGCAUUCCGUGCAGCGAUGAUGACGUGGAAGAGACGGAGGGCUGGAUGCCGCAGACGGAGGACAUCAAGCGCCUCUAUGAGCUGAUCGCCAGCGAGGGGAGCCUCCCGCUUCAGGUGGACAUUCUGGCCCGUCGACCUCCGACUCCGGAGCCGGAUCCUGAGGAUGAGGAGUCUGACCAGGAACAGGAGGAAGAGGAGGAGGAGGAAGAGAGGCCGCAUGUUCCCACCGAGUUUGACUUUGACGAUGAACCGGUCACCCCGAAAAAUUCAAUGAUUGACAGAAGAAGAACGCCCGUGAGGAGCAGCCAGAAGAGGGAGGCCAGGCUGGAUAAGGUUCUAUCGGACAUGAAGCGUCAUAAGAAGAUCGAAGAGCAGAUCCUGAAAACGGGGCGCGACCUCUUCGAUAUGGACCCUGACUCUGUACCCACGCCGAAACGCUCCUCCGCAAUCUUCCCCCGACAGAGGAAAUACUGAACUAGUGGGAGAUAGAGACUGGAAGGACACGGGUGGGGGGGGGGCGGGCUGCCCGUCCAUUCAUUUGGUUGUGAACAUUCGAUGGAUGAGGCUAUGUUCUGAGAAUUCUUGACCAAGAGCCAGCACUGUCAUCUGGAACACAAACAUUUAAAAAUGGCUCCGCCCGUGGCAGCAACCGUCUUCAUCUCUGAGAUCCGUCUUUUCCACUCAAGACCUGUAGACAUUUAGGCUGCACUCUGACGCGUUCUUCUGUUCUUCUUCCUUUUUUUUUUUUUUAUUGGCACCAGACAAAGUUGGACAUCUCCUUCUCUGCUGGGCAUGGCUCCGCCACUGAUGCGUUUUGUCCACAAUAUGGACUUGGGCACAGAGCUUUAAAGCCAUAGGUCUUCAAACUACGGCCCUCCAGUUGUUCAGGAACUACAAUUCCCAUCAUGCCUAGUCAUGUCUGUGAAUGUCAGUGCUUUACAAGGCCUCAUGGGAUGUGUAGUUCUACAACAGCUGGAGGGCCGUAGUUUGAGGAUCUCUGUUCUAAGCCAAUAUUGGGGGUGGAGUUGUCUGAUUAGAUUUUGUCUGGUGCCAAUAAAGUUUGUUGUGAUUGAACAACAAAACAGAGUGAACUGCGUCCUGAAUGUUCACACACCAUCGCCUGCAAUGCGGAAGGCACGGCAAUCAAGACUUCUGAUGGAGGGAAUCUUGUUAAAGCCCAACUCCAAACUUUGUUCUCUUCCACCUCCCUCCCUCAUUGUGCCCCCUACUGGCAUUUUUUUUUUUUUU